AUGGACCGCAAUCGCAAUCGUAAGCGCAAAGCAAACGAUGCCGCAUCGCCCAAGGCCGAGGGCAGCGCAAGCAAGCGCCAAAAGACCAGACUGGAACACGAGACUCCGCAGACAACGACAACCAUCGGCCUGCAGUUUAUCGACCAUCUGAAAUCAGCCAAAGACAAGACUGGCCGCUUGAUCGCCGACCUGUUCAUCGACUUGCCCAGCAAGAGAGAAUUGCCCGACUACUACCGCACCAUCAAGCUACCCAUCGCCAUCCAGACUGUUCAGGACAAGCUCGAACGCAAUGAAUACCCUACCCUCAGCACCGUCGAGAGCGACAUCAAGCGCAUGGUCUCCAAUGCAAAGCAAUACAAUGAUGACAAGUCGACCGUCUACCAAGACGCCGAGCGCAUCCGCAAGGCUCUUUCCAACUUCAUGACAAAACACAACCCUGCCUACAAGGACCCCAACUACGUCGCCGCGCCCACUCCUAUACCUGGUCACAACGAUGACACUGCCUCGUCAGCACCUCCGACUCGCGAGCCCAGCGAGCAACCCAGGAAGAUCACAAUCUCCCUCAAGGCCACCCGCGAUCGCAAGUCCUCAGCUGCUCCGCCAGCCGCCUCAAGCCCGGCCGCCACCGUCCAAGACGACUCAGACCCCACCGAUUUCACCGCCAAGACCUUCCAACAAGCCCAGGAGCACAUCAUCAACGGUUUGAUCAGCUAUACAGAUCAAGGGAUCGAAAUCUUCCAGCCGUUCGUCACACUACCUCCGCGAUCACUGACGGAUUACUACGCCGUCAUCAAGAAGCCCAUGUCGCUCACCGCUGUUCGUAAGAGAGUCCGAGGACAGCAUGGUCGUGGAGCUGCAACAAGCCAAAGCGACUUCAGGACGUGGGAUGCUUUUGCAGAUGAGGUGUCAUACAUCUGGCGCAAUGCAAGGGACUACAAUGAGGAUGGAAGCGACAUGUUCAACCUGUCAGUCGAGCUCGAGGAUCUCUUCAACGAACGUCUGGCAUCCGCAAAGAGCCAAGUCAACGAGCCCGUACAACCAAAGAUCAAGCUCAGCGCCCCGAGACCAAAGCCUGUGCUACACCUCGGCGCAAAGGCUUCGCCAGCUCCAAAGAGCUCUCUUGCCGAGGAGCAGAUCACCAACGGGACACCUGCCGCGUCUCACACAAGACCAGGAAGCAGCGCCGCCCCAUCACGGUCAACCUCCCAAAUCCCGACGGCAAUCAAAGCAACAAGCGCUACGGCAUCAAGUCCGAGCGCUACGACAGCAGCAGUCAAGACGGAGAAGGCUGUCGCUGCCUCGCCGUCACUCGCUACAGUCCGCCCACAGAGCAUCGCUCCAGACGUCAAACAAAGCCCGAGGCCAGAAACCGCCAACUCAAUGCCUCCACCACCCUCUGUGCGCGGUCUUAGUGGCAGUCCGCAUCCCUCAAUGCUGCCUCAUGUCCCUCACAUCCCGCAAUACGUGCCACCGCCAACCUUUGCCGACAAGUACACCCGCCAAAAGCCUGUCUCGGAAGCCCUUCUGCCGAGUCUUGUCAUCACAACACAUCCUCAACUCAAUACCCCAAAGCCUUUCCACAUUGAUGUUCCUGCAUCCAAGCACUUCACUCAGCAGUCGCUGACCAUGACCGUCCCCGGCGCCCACUACUACAUCAGCAUAAUCCCCACCGUGUCUCAGCGCCUUUUGAUACAACGACAGUACAAGCUGUUCGUCACCGUCAAUGGCGCCCGCCUUAUGGGCACGACACGCGAGCUCAUGGUCGGUGGAGUUGCCGACAGAAAGCAAGUCUACGAUACCGCUCUGAACCCCGGUAUCAACAGAGUCGAAGUCGAAGUUGUCGCUGUUUCCGGCAAGACUGGCGCUCUCGAAGUGGAGAAGUUGAUGGUCUUUGCCAAUCUUCUGAAGUAG